AUGCAGUCUAAGAGGGAGUGUGAGGUAAGUGGCUGGCAGCCUGGGGGUGGGCGGGCCCCACCCGUGCAGGGAGCGGGGGCCCCGGGGGCCCAGGCGAGGUGGGGCGGGCGGCGCGGCGGUGCCCCCUUUCCACCUGCCCGUUCCCCUCAGCUCUGGUGCGAGAGAGUGAAUCCAGAGAACAAGGCGGCGCUGGAGGCGUGGGUCAGGGAGACGGGCAUCCGCCUGGUGCAGGUGAACGGGCAGAGGAAGUAUGGCGGGCCACCCCCAGGCUGGGUGGGCAGCCCGCCGCCGGCCGGGUCAGAAGUGUUUAUCGGGCGGCUGCCGCAGGACGUGUACGAACACCAGCUGAUCCCGCUGUUCCAGCGCGUGGGCCGCCUCUACGAGUUCCGCCUGAUGAUGACUUUCAGCGGCCUGAAUCGCGGCUUCGCGUACGCCCGGUACAGCUCGCGGCGCGGCGCGCAGGCCGCCAUCGCCACGCUGCAUAACCACCCGCUGCGGCCCUCCUGCCCGCUGCUGGUCUGCCGCAGCACCGAGAAGUGCGAGCUGUGUGUGGACGGGCUGCCGCCGGGUCUGAGCCGCAGCGCGCUGCUGUUCGCGCUGCAGCCGCUGAGUUCCGGCCUGCAGGAGGCGCUGCUGUUGCCCAGCCCCGGGCCAGCACGCACUCAGAUGGCGCUGCUCAAGUUCAGUUCGCACCACGCCGCCGCUAUGGCCAAAAAGGCCCUGGUGGAAGGGCAGUCAUGCCUCGGUGGAGAGCAGGUGGCCGUGGAUUGGCUCAAGCCAGAGCUGAAGCAUCAUCUCCGCCUGCAGCUCUUAGGACCAUCUGUCCAGUACCUACAGCCAGUAGGCAGCCAGUUAGCCCUAGCAAGGGAGAGGCUAGAGUCCCAAGGGGCUAGAGCUGCCCUGCAGCUGCUGUGCCAACGGAUGAAACUGGGCAGCCCAGUAUUCCUCACCAAGUGUUUGGGUGUAGGCCCUGUUGGCUGGUACCACUUCUGGUACCAGGUGGUGAUCCCUGGGCAUCCAGUGCCCUUCAGUGGCCUCAUCUGGGUUGUGCUGGCUCCAGAUGGGCAGAAUGGGCAUGAGGUGGCCAAGGAUGCUGUGUCUGCACGGCUGCUGGCGACACUGAGUGAGUCUGGAGCCAGCCUCCUGGGGUCUGUUGGGGCUGAGGCAGGUACUGUGGUUAAGCAGUGACCCCGUCCUGUUCACAGGCAGCCUGAACAAGUAGGCAUGGCCUACUCCAGUCUCCAGGCCUGACACAGCCUCCCAUCUGGGG